UCUCUCUCCAUUAUUUAUACUCCCAAUGCGCUCUCUCUGCACACUCACUCUCUUCUCUCUCUUCUUCUUUCUGUAAGAUGGUAGGAAAAGCCAUGGUCAUUGUCUUUUCCUUCUUCCUCCUUUCUCUCUCUACCUCUUUUGCCAAACCACCGCUUCAAUACCAAACCCUCAUUUUACACUCUCUUCCGCAACCACAGGCCCUCACAUGGACCGAACAAUCCGAAACCCUAACCGUACCAGAAGAAGCCACCCAAGCGGACUCAAAAACCACCUUUUCCGUCCAAUUACACCACCGAGACGCUCUGUCCCUCAAUGCCACUCCAGAGACUCUCUUCAACCUCAGACUCCAAAGAGACUCCUUCAGAGUCAAAACCCUAACCACCAUCGCCGCCGUCAGCAUAAACGCCACGGUACCCCGCAGCAGGGGUUUCAGCAGUUCCAUUAUCUCCGGAUUGGCGCAGGGUAGCGGCGAGUACUUCACGCGCUUGGGCAUUGGUACGCCGCCGAAGUACUCCUACAUGGUGCUCGACACCGGAAGCGACGUCGUCUGGAUCCAGUGCUCGCCGUGCCGGAAAUGCUACACACAGACCGACCCGGUCUUCGAUCCGAAAAAAUCCAAGUCGUUCGUCGGAGUCUCAUGCGGAUCCCCACUGUGUCGCCGGCUAGAUUCCCCUGGCUGCAAUCAACGGAAGAUGUGCCUCUACCAAGUCUCCUACGGCGACGGAUCGUUCACCGUCGGCGAAUUCUCCACCGAAACACUGACGUUUCGCCGGACCAGAGUGAAGAACGUCGCACUCGGUUGCGGUCACGACAACGAAGGAUUGUUCGUCGGUGCCGCUGGUUUGUUGGGUCUCGGAAGAGGUAAACUCUCAUUCCCGAGUCAGACCGGUCGCCGGUUCGGCCGGAAGUUCUCGUAUUGUCUGGUGGACCGGUCGGCUUCGUCCAAACCGUCCGCAAUCAUGUUCGGGGAAUCGGCCGUUUCGAGAACGGCGGUGUUCACUCCUCUACUCACUAACCCUAAACUCGACACUUUUUACUACAUUGGACUCACUGGAAUUAGCGUCGGAGGCGUCCGAGUUCCAGGCAUUACGGCGUCGCUUUUCAAACUUGACCCAAUCGGAAACGGUGGCGUCAUAAUUGACUCGGGAACGUCGGUGACUCGCUUGACCCGACCCGCUUAUGUAAAGCUGCGUGACGCUUUCCGGGCCGGAGCUUCGGACUUGAAGCGGGCACCGGAUUUCUCAUUGUUCGACACAUGCUUUGAUUUGUCGGGGAAGACGGAGGUGAAGGUUCCCACAGUCGUGAUGCAUUUCGUCGGCGCGGACGUGUCGUUGCCGGCAUCAAAUUAUUUGAUCUCGGUGGACAGUAGUGGGAGCUUCUGCUUCGCAUUUGCGGGUACGAUGAGCGGGUUGUCGAUAAUUGGGAAUAUCCAACAGCAGGGGUUCCGGGUCGUUUAUGAUUUGGCGGGUUCGCGGAUCGGGUUUGCACCCCGAGGUUGCGCGUGAGUGGCAGUGGGCAGUGAAGGGGCGUGGGCUGUUUGGGAGUAGGGAAUACUUUUUCCCUCUUUUUUCUCAAACAAAUCUUUGCUUUAGAAAAAGAUAAGAGAAAAAAGGGCACUUCACGUGUUGUUUGUUGUAUCAGUAAUAGCAUCUGCUAAAUUAUUGCUUUAAAUACAGGGGUAACAUUGUUCAACACAAUUUUUUUUUUACUUUAGUUUAAUCCUAACGUUUGGUAACUUGUAUUGAUUUGGAUCUACCAGGAGAGUUUUUUUUAAAAAAAUGGUAUGGCUUUUUGAUUU